UCUCAUUUUCUUAUCUUUUUUUUUGUGUGUGUGUGUGUAUAAUCUGAAGAAGAUUUUGGUACAAGUGUCAUUCUCAAAAUUUUGUCUUAGGGUUUUUUAAUUUUAAUUUUGUUGCUACAAAACCCCCCCAAAAAGACAUGAACAACAACACUUUCAGUAGUACUACUACCACCAUCAAUGAUGACUACAUGUUAUUCCCUUAUAAUGACCAUUAUUCCUCACAAGCAGUGCUCCCUUUUAGUCCUUCCUCUUCCUUUAACGACAUCUUGAUUCAGUCCACCUCCAACACAUCAAACAAUCAUCUUGACCAUCACCCUCAUCAAUUCCUACAACCUUCUCCUUUUUCUCAGUUCGAAUUCGUCCCGGAUUGUUCCCUCUUGUCCUCUUUCCUCCCACAAAACAAUGGCCAUGAUGAUAAUCAAGAAAUUAUCACCAAUGACAACCAUCAUCCAUCACUUCUCCAUCCUUUGAACAACACCAUUGGAGACCAACCAGCUGAGCCCUCGGAGACUAUUACCCACAUCGAAGAUUCCCAGACAAUCUCAACUUCUCAAGACCAGAAAAUGAAAAAAGCCAAGAAACCAAGCAGAACGGACAGGCACAGCAAGAUCAAAACGGCCAAAGGGACACGAGAUCGUAGGAUGAGACUCUCGCUAGAUGUCGCCAGAGAGUUGUUUGGCUUACAAGACAUGCUUGGAUUCGACAAAGCUAGCAAAACCGUUGAAUGGUUGCUCACACAAGCCAAACCCGAGAUCAUAAAGAUUGCUAAAACCCUUUCUCACCAGUGCGGCUUCAGCAGCGGCGACGAAUCUCAAACCCGACCGGCGUUAGGAUCCAUGGAUACAUCGUCUGAUCUAUAUGAACUUGCAUCCAUGUGGACGGUCGACGAUAGAGGCAGCAAUACUAACACCACUGUAGAAACAAGAGGAAACAAGGUCGAUGGGAGAUCAAUGAGAGGUAAGAGAAAGAGGCCAGAACCACGUACGCCUAUUUUGAAGAAGUUAUCCAAGGAUGAAAGAGCCAAAGCAAGAGAAAGAGCAAAGGAUAGAACAAUGGAGAAAAUGAUGAUGAAGAUGAAAGGAAGAUCACAACUGGUAAAAGUUGUGGAAGAAGGAGUUCAUCAUCAGGGUGAUCAGAUAGUAAAGAAUGAUAUAAGCAAAGUGAAUCAAAGUUCUUUCAAGGUGACGCACUGCGAAGAAGAUAUCGAAGAGCUUGGCAAGAACGAUCGUUUUGCAGUUUGCAACGACUUUGUGAUGACCAAGAAAGAUCACAUUUCUAACGAGUCUUAUGAUAUAAUCAACAAACUGAACUCACCAUUUCCAAUUCAUCAUCAUCGCAGUCAAGGGGAAGCUAAUUCCAUUGAGCAGCAUCAGUUUACUGAACUUCAUCACUUCUUGCCGAAACCAAGAGACCUCAUGUACAACUAUCAAAACAUGUGUUGACAGUGAUUUACCGUUAGUAUAUAUCUCAAAUUAAUAUUAGUUUGGUGAGAGAUAUACAUGAAUCUUAUUGAUUUAUAUGAAUGCUUUUUCUUUUAUUUCGUUAGUGUAUUAAAAU